UGAAAGUGUGCAACCUUGAACUUCCCACAAACCUGAUAAGUUGUUUAUUGAAUUGCAAUGAUUCUAUACCAUGCAUAUUUGGUUGUAAUUUUUUCUUCAAUAUAACAGACAAAGUAAAAGAAAAUGAUCAGGAUAAAAGUGAAAGCAAUCAUUCAACUAACUUAAUUCUGAUUCAAAAUCAAUGUUUAAGUGUUACAUUUCAGUGGCCAAACAUUCUUUUGAAUUGUUCUUUGGUACAGAGUUUAUAUUUAAUUACUGUAAAAUUGAUGAAUAGAGAUAACUCAACUGAAUAUGUGUUAGGUUUAUCCAUUAAAAAUAUAUUUAAUAUAUCGGAUGCAUUUUUCUGUUAUGAUCUAAACAAUAUUUCUGCUUAUGAUCUUGAUGCUGAAUUUAAAUGGAAUGUCUAUCUUAUAAACUUUAAUGGAUACAAUGAAUCAAACAAGCUUUCUUCAAACAUUACAAAAUGUUCUCAAUUUUGUGUUUACGACAAUACUACUGGAACUCCAAAUUUAAAUUAUCGAAAAGAAUUCACUCUAAUGAAAGGUUUAUAUCUUGGAACUCUCAAUGUUAUGAUGAAAGAGUUUACCGUGUCUUUUAAUAUAAAACCUAAAAUUUAUUCUAAAGGAUUAAAAAAUGUUCUUCAUUUUACUUUGGAUAACAAUGUUGGAGAAUAUGGUGAUAGAAAUCCAGGUGUUUGGUUUCAUGAAGAUGGUUCUGGAAAGCUUGUUAUUUUUGUUGCUGUAAAUAAUAAUGGUAAUUACUCCAUUGAAACAUCUCCUCUUAGUUUGCAUAAAUGGUCUUCUGUUAUGAUAAGUCAAAUUAUGUUUAAUGGUAAAUAUUGGUUGACUGUUGAUUUGAAUGGGGUCAACAUACAUAGAGUUGAAAAUUACAAUGCAAAAAACUUUAAAAACAUAAAAGUUUAUGCAUCUGACCCUUGGUAUGAUGCUCAAAAUGGUUCUAUUGCUGACCUUUUGAUUAUAAAUGGAAAAGCUGAGUACAUUAUUGGUAAUACCCCUACUCCAUUAGUAAAAGAAAAAAUUAUUGCUGAAAUACCAAAGCUUUAUAAUGAAUAUCUAAUUUCAUUUGAUGUGUACCCUAAUAAGUUUGUUCGUGGCUGGCAUAGUGUUAUUCAUUUUACUAUUGGUUCUGAUAUUGCUAACUAUGGGGAUAGAGCUCCUGGUAUUUGGUUUCAUGAAAAUGGUGAUGGGAUGCUCUAUAUUGCUGCACCAAUAAAUGGUUACGCUAAUUAUUAUUUUAACACAAAUCCAAUCAAACAGAAUUGGUGGUCUAAUAUUGAAGUUAGUCAGUUUUUAAGAAGCACAGAUUAUUUAUACACAAUUAAAAUAAAUGGAGAUGUUGUCUUUUCUAUGAUUAAUUAUAAUGCCCAAAUCUUUGAAAAUAUGAAAGUUUAUGCUUCAGAUCCAUGGACUGAAGUUCAAGAUGGAUUUAUUAAAAACUUGUUUGUAAUCAAUGGAGUUUCAAAUAGCAGCCUCCAACCUCAAGUUAUUCUUCCUGCAGGUAGUGGAACUCAACCAGUUGUUAUUCUUCCUAAAGAUUAUAUUUACAACAGAAAAGAGUUUACUUUGGUUAAAGGUUUUUUUCUUGGUACCCUUAAUGUUAUGAUGAAAAAGUACACUGUUUCUUUUAAUAUUAAUCCAACAGAGUACACUAAAGGUUUAAAAAGUGUUCUUCAUUUAACAUUAAAUAAUGAUAUUGGGGCAUAUGGUGACAGAAAUCCAGGUGUUUGGUUUCAUGAAGAUGGCUCUGGAAAACUUAUUAUUGCUGCUGCAGUAAAUAGUAAUGUUAAUUACUACAUUGAAACACCUCCUCUGCCACUGAAUCAAUGGUCCACUAUUAAAAUAUGUCAGAGUUUUUCAGAUGGUAAGUAUUGGUUUUCUGUCUAUCUGAAUGGAGUCAAUAUUCAUAAGACUGAAAAUACAGACGCUCGAGAUUUUAGAAACCUGAAAGUAUUUGCUUCUGAUAUUUGGUAUGAUUCUCAAAAUGGUUCUAUUAAUGACCUUCUUAUCAUUAAUGGAAAAGCUGAGGACCUUACUGGUAGCUUUAUUACUUCAUUAGUGAAAGGAAAGAUCAUUGCUGAAAUACCAAAGCUUGAUAAAGAAUAUUUAAUUGCAUUUGAUCUUAAUCCAUAUAGUUUUGAUGUUGAUUGGCAUAGUGUUGUUCAUUUCACUGUUGGUUCUAAUAAUGCUAGGAAUGGGGAUAGAAUUCCUGGUAUCUGGUUUCAUGAAAAUGGUGAUGGAACACUUUUAAUUGUUUCUUCAAUCAAUGGUAAUCGAAAUUAUGGUGUCACAACAAAUCCAUUUCAAUUAAAUCUGUGGUCAAACAUUGAAGUUACUCAAAUUUUGAGAGGAACAGCUCACAUAUACACAAUCAGAAUAAAUGGGAAUGUUUUUUAUUCUGAAGUUAACAAUCAAGCUCAAAGUUUUGAUAAUGUCAAAGUAUAUGCUUCUGACCCAUGGCAUGAAGUUCAAAAUGGCUCAAUAAAAAACUUCUUUAUUGUAAACGGACUUUUGAAUAGCAGCUUGCAACCUGUUAUUGUAUUCUCACAACCUGUUAUUACAAGCAAACAACCAGUUAUUACAAGCACACAACCUGUUAUUAUCUCAUCAGAAAAAUCCUCUACUGUGAUUGUUGCAAUAUUGGUUCCUGUUUUAAUUGGUUUUAUUUUGUUUUCAAUUGUUUUUAUGUUGAAAUUUCAUAGAAAAAAAGAAAAAUCUUUUCAAUCAAUGUGGAAAAAGGAAAACUUUAUGGUUUGCAAGGAAUUAUCUGCAGAUGAAUGGGAAAUUUUUCCAGAAAACAUCACUUUGGAUAAAAAAAUUGGUGAAGGGGCUUUUGGCACUGUCUACAUUGCAAAAAUAGAUGCAAACUUAUUUUCCAAUAAAAAGAAUCUAAACUUAAAAAGUCAAAAAUCUAUCAAUUCAAAAGUCACUUUACAUGAUAUCAAGGAAAAAUCUGCUAACUUUUUUGCAGUGAAACUUUUAAAAGAUUCUGCAAACCAAUUAGAAGUAGAUGAUUUUAAUGAGGAGAUAAACCUGAUGAAGGGCAUUGGAUAUCAUAAGAAUAUUGUUUGUAUGAUUGGUUGUUCUACAAUUAGAAAACCCUUAUGUUUAGUUGUUGAGUUUAUGGAGAAUGGAGAUUUGUUACAUUUCUUACGAAAUAGACGCACUAAACUUUGUUCAUCAAAAUUUGGUGAGGAAUCUGCAAUAAGCUUUAUGUACACACAAGGCUAUCAACAAACUCUUGAGACAACAAUAAGUGAGAGCUGCACGUCAGGAAUAAUGCCGCAUGAGGCUCCAUUAGAUGAUAAUGGAGUGAUAACACCUGAUGAUUUGCUUAGUUUUGCAUGGCAGAUUGCAUCGGGAAUGGAAUAUCUUUCAUUUAUCAAGUUGGUGCAUCGUGACCUUGCAGCUAGAAAUAUUUUGGUUGGUACAGAGAAAAAUGUAAAAAUAUCUGACUUUGGUUUGACACGAAAAAUCAACGAUGAAUUGAAUUACAUGAGCAGCAAAAAUCGUCGAUUACCAGUAAAGUGGAUGUCAGUUGAAGCCAUAUUUGACCAAAUGUUCACAACAUUCAGUGAUGUAUGGGCGUAUGGCGUUGUUUUAUUUGAAAUUGUUACAUUAGGAGGAACUCCUUAUCCUAGUAUAAGUAAUCGGGAACUUCUCACUCUUUUAAAGUCUGGUUACAGAAUGGAAAGACCUGAAAAUUGUUCUGAGUCGAUGUACGAUAUUAUGCUACACUGUUGGAAUGAAGAUCCAUUACAAAGACCUACUUUUACAGAAUUGCGUGAAAAUCUUGAUCAAAUAAUGUCUCGUGGCGAUUGUUAUUUCGACUUUAGUAUUGAUGAAAAAAAUAAUUACUAUAACGCUGCUUCGUUUAACAGUCUACCAUCUGAAUCAGGCGACGAUGCAUUGGAAGAAGAUAUUUUCCAAAAACCUGUGCAUGUAAAAUCAAUUGAAAAAAUUAUCGAUGAAGCAAACGAGCCGUUGAGUGAAAGAUAUACAAGUGAUGAAUCGUUGAAACUACAAAUAGAAUCUAGAUCAUUAGGUUUUGUAAAUUGUUCAGUUAACGAUAUGAAAUCUGAUAUCUAAUUAAAAAACUUUUUUUUUCUAUAAGUGUACCGUGUAGUAUAAAAUAUGUUUCUUUAAUUUUUUUAAAAAUAUUUCACCUUUGAACUAUAUUUUAUACAUUUCUAGUGUUCGUUCUCUGUAUUUUAGUUUGAAGAAGUUUCUUAAAUAUUUUACUUUAUAAAAAAAUAAGUAUUUGGUAAAUAUCUUUCUGAAAAAUACUGGCAUAUUUAAAUCCUAACCCAUACAUAACCUGUAUGUAUGUAUGUAGAGGAGAGUGGGGCAACAUAAUACACUUUUGGUUUUUGCGUCAUAAAAUUUUUUAUAAUACUCUUUUUUUUUAUAGGCAAUUGGUUUAAUUUUAGAAUAAAUUA